GAGGCGGAGGUGACGCAGGUGCUCUGGGAGCUUUACGACCACCUCUACGAGACGUACGCCAUUUACGCCGGCCGGUCGCAAUGGCCGCUCGUGCGCCAUGUUGACGUGUACGCUUUCUUCGACGAGGCCAAGCUGCUCCAGGCGAACCUGCCGAUCGCCGCGUCGAUGGCGCUCGCGGCGGGCGAGGUCAGACCAAAGGGGCGGGCCUCCGACUCGGAGGAGGGGCCCGCGCUGAACGAGGAGGGCCUCGUGCGGGAGAUCACGGCGCGCACGCCCCUGCAGCUCGCGUCGGGCCACGGCACCAUCCUGCUGCAGGACGUCAAGCUGAUCCUGAUGCAGACCCGUGCGAAAGGCGGCACCGGCCAGCAGGACGGCGCCUGCGCUGGCCAGUUGAGCGCUUCGCGCCAGAGGCGGACCGAGAUCGCCCACCAGCAGGCGAUCGAGGGCGCCCCGAUCACCAGGCCCCAGUUCAUAGAGAUGCUGGCGCGCACCGCCAUCGCCACUCGCAGCGACAACCCGCCCGUCGCCGUGGCGCUGCGCAGCUUCGUGGACUGCGUGCUGGCUCGCCACGUCUUCCGCGCGCCCCUGGCGCGCUUCCCGCGGGGGCUGCAGUGCCAGCCGGGGGAGGUGCGGGACAAGCUCCUGGCCGGCAGGAAGACGCUGCUGGAGGCGUGGGAGCGGUACGGCGGCAGCGAGGUGUCGUUCCAGCGGUUCGCCCAGCUGCUGCGCAUCAACGACCAGCAUUUCACCGCGAAGCACGUGGCUUCCGUGUACGCCCUCGCAAGGCAGCCGGACCCCGCCCGCCAUCCUGCGGCCAGCGUCCGUGGGGCUGGGGUUCAACGAGUUCUGCGAGGCCGUGGCCAGGAUGGGCCUGACCUGGCAGGCAGUGCCGCGCGCCACGCAGAGGCUGGCGCCCUCGCGCGCGGACGCCACGGCGCCGCACAGGGCGGGGCAGUUCGCCCUGCCGUCGGGGCAUCCGGUGCGGCAGAAGGCGAUUGCUGCACACAUCGAGGCCUUCCUCGCCAAGGCUGCCACGCUGCUCGCCUCCGUUGCUCUCCAGUGCCCUCCUUCAGGGGCGAUGCCUGUUCAUAG